AUGCUACUGAAUCUUGGCCUCACAGCGGAUGCCGUGGUAACCCAUGCAAACGAACCCGGCGCCCAGUCGGAAUCCCCGCUAUCUAUUAACCCUAUUUACUCGUCCGGUUUCUCGCUAUCAACGCUUCUCUGUGCUGGCACCUUCUAUAACCGGACGAAGCAGUCCAGUAGCCCUUCUCCACCCGCAGUAACUGCAUGCGCCGCCCUUACAUCGACGCCGAGCAAGGGCGAAUCCCCCAAGACCGCGCCAUUAGCAUUCGCCCGGCCUCGGGUCUACCCUCCAUAUACCAACAACAAAACCUCGCGGUCCAAGGUUUUGUACCAGUUCGCUUACCCUGCUGCUCAUUCUCGUCACAAGCGAUGCAAGCUUCAGCCGAGGCUCCUACUGCAAGUGCAGCAGGUGUCGCAAACUCCCCGGCCUUUGCCCCUUUUAGAUGUUCAAAAAUCUACAUUAUCUUUGCCUCGGUUUGGUCGAAAGUUUCCGGCCAUAUUCUGCCAGAAGAACAAACUGGAACCGAGCGACUUAUUCAUUUUGGUGAGCAAAAUACACACGCACAUGGGGGCCAGCUUCCCCGGAAAUAAUAUAAGCUCCGAAGAAGGCGACGAGAAUCAACGAGAAGCCGUGGCUACGAUUUGCCAGGUGUUCCAUGAGGAUGGUCGUCUGAAAGGGAAGACAGAGAUCUCGUUGAAUUUUGGGCCAAAUGGCUCAUAUGAGUUCGUGGCCCGCACAGAAAAUGGUCUGCGGGUCAUGCGAUGGGCCUUGUGCAGAGGGAAAACUCGUCCCGCAUCUGCAACGACACGAACUCAACCGCGCGAUGACACCAAGCGAUUCACGUUCAGCAUCAUCGAUUCCAACACUCGUCGGCACCCGGUGAUCGCUUCCAUGACCAAGAACCAGCUGGAGUGGCUUGCUCGUACCGCUCCCAUAACCCCAAGCUCAGGCAUGUCUGUGGUCACUAACUUGUCCGAUAAUGAAGCACCGGUGAAUACCAAUAACGCAGUUCCAGUUGAUGAUGGGCUACGCACAUUAAUUAUUAUAACUGGGAUCUGGGUUACCUCUCGGGAGGGUUUGUCGCAGAACUUUAGCUACGGGGACCCUAUCCCUGCGCCUAGCGGCAAGACACUCGAUGCUGUAAAGACCACGACACCAGUCCAGGGAGGCAGGUUUUUCAGAAGCUCUCUGAAGCGCUCUAGUUCAACUAGAGCCGCAGUCAUGGGCUGA